AUGGCACCAGGUGUCCGGAAGGAUAUCAAUAGAAUAACAGAUAUCAAUAGAAUAACAGAUAUCAAUAGAGUAACAGAUAUCAAUAGAAUAACAGAUAUCAAUAGAGUAACAGAUAUCAAUAGAGUAACAGAUAUCAAUAGAGUAACAGAUAUCAAUAGAAUAACAGAUAUCAAUAGAAUAACAGAUAUCAAUAGAGUAACAGAUAUCAAUAGAGUAACAGAUAUCAAUAGAAUAACAGAUAUCAAUAGAAUAACAGAUAUCAAUAGAGUAACAGAUAUCAAUAGAGUAACAGAUAUCAAUAGAGUAACAGAUAUCAAUAGAAUAACAGAUAUCAAUAGAGUAACAGAUAUCAAUAGAAUAACAGAUAUCAAUAGAAUAACAGAUAUCAAUAGAGUAACAGAUAUCAAUAGAGUAACAGAUAUCAAUAGAACAACAGAUAUCAAUAGAGUAACAGAUAUCAAUAGAGUAACAGAUAUCAAUAGAAUAACAGAUAUCAAUAGAAUAACAGAUAUCAAUAGAAUAACAGAUAUCAAUAGAGUAACAGACAUCAAUCUAUUUCGAAACUGUAGAUAA